AUUCCCUCACAGCCGUGCGAUCUUGUUUAAAAGAAAAUGGUACGGAAACUUUGAUGAUCUGUUAAAUUCACCGAAACCUUCGGGCUAAGCUAACGAGUUGAGUGAGUCAGAGAGAGAGAGAGUAUCAAAAGCCAUGUCAGCAUUUACCGGGCCGACCCGACCGUUUGACGACGAUGGAUACACAGGCUACGAUCCACGCCUCGCGUCGCAGCGAUUCGAAUCGUUCUCGAACUUCGACGCCGACUCGGUCAAGGACUCGGCCGGAGACUCGCCCUCGCCACCGAUCUUCGCCAGCCAGUCUUUCGUCGCCGGCGACGUAGACGACGUGUUCUCUACACAAACGGUGCCGGAGACUCCGUCUCCGCCGCCGAUCUAUAGCGGAGGAUUCUCUGAUUUCUCGCCGGAGCAGAACGGAAAGGACUUUGAUGGAGGUUUUGGCGGAUCGGACGGCCCGAUCUUGCCUCCGCCGUCGGAGAUGCAGUCGGAGGAGGGCUUUGCUCUGAGAGAGUGGCGCCGAGAGAACGCAAUUCGAUUGGAAGAGAAGGAGAAGAAGGAGAAAGAGAUGUUGAAUCAGAUAAUUGAGGAAGCUGAGGAUUACAAAAUCGAGUUCUAUAGGAAGCGCACGGUUGCUGUUGAGAACAACAAAGCUUCUAAUAGGGAGAAGGAGAAGCUAUUUUUGGCAAAUCGGGAGAAGUUCCAUGCCGAAGCAGAGAAGAAUUACUGGAAGGCAAUUGGAGAGCUUAUCCCCCAUGAGGUGGUGGCAAUAGAGAAAAAGGGGAAGAAGGACAAAGAGAAGAAUCCUUCUAUAGUUGUGAUCCAGGGGCCCAAACCUGGGAAGCCAACUGAUCUCUCAAGAAUGCGUCAUAUACUUCUGAAGCUCAAGCACAAUCCUCCUCCCCAUAUGAAGCCCAAACCACCACCAUCAUCAGAGCCUAAAAAUGAUGCUAAAACCAUUCCUCCUGCUGCUGGCAGUUCUAGCAUUGCUCCUCCCAAGGCUGCAACUGCUGCAACCCCCAAGGUUGUAGCUGCCGCUUGAGAUUGAACCAACUGUUUGCUUGGUCUGUUUAUGUAUCUGAAAAGCAAGUAGCUGUGAGUCAGAGAUGCUGAAUUUGUAUGAUACUUGACAGUUAUGAUGUGGAAGUGAGUCAUUAUGUGCAUGGUAGUUUAGGUGUGUAGCAUAUGUAUUAUAUAUAUAUAUAUAUAUAUAUAUAUGUAUAUGUAGAAAGGUUUCUAUUUCAUACUUUCAUGUAUCGAUUUUGGUUGUUAUUUACAUGUUUUGGUGUGGUAUUGCCCUUUGAA